UCAAAUUUGACAGUUUUAAUUGUUUUGACGUUUUGGUUUUGACAUAACAGGUUAGAGGUUACAAUUAAUUUUGUGUGUUGUUUUAAUGACCAGAAACAAUUAAUUAAUGACGAUGGCACUUAAUAGUUUUUUAGAUUUCUUCCAAAAGGGAAGGACUUUUCGUCCAAAGAAAAAGUUUGCUCAUGGUACAAUACGAUAUAGUUUACAUAAACAGGCCUGUGCCAGUUUAAAUUCAGGGAUAAAUUUGCGCCUUGCAGUAAGGUUGCCCCCAGGCGAAGAUCUGAAUGAUUGGAUUGCUGUUCACGUUGUAGAUUUUUUUAAUCGAAUUAAUCUAAUUUAUGGAACUAUAUCAGAUUAUUGCACUGAACAAACUUGCCCUACAAUGUCAGGAGGAGCGAGAUUUGAAUACUUAUGGGCAGAUGGAGAUAAAUACAAGAAGCCCACACCAUUGCCAGCUAGACAAUAUGUAAACAAUCUAAUGGAUUGGAUAGAGGCUCAAAUUAAUAACCAGGCUCUUUUUCCUUGUACAUCUGAUCUAGCUUUUCCAAAGGGAUUUCAGAAUCUCUGCAGUAAAAUAUUGGCUAGACUGCACAGAGUUUUUGUCCACGUUUAUAUUCAUCAUUUUCAAAACGUGGUCACAAUAUCAGCAGAGGCUCACGUUAAUACUUGUUACAAGCAUUUCUACUAUUUUGUAACAGAAUUUGAUCUGGUCAGUAGAAAAGAACUGGAGCCAUUGAGUGAAAUGGCUUCUAAAAUAUGCAAGGAUCCACCCCCUUAAGUUCUAUUUUAACAAUUAUUUAGUGUAGUUUGUAGACUCCUUCAAGAGUUGGUACCAGUUAUUAAUGCUUAAAGAGUACAUAGGUUUUGGAAUCUCAGAUAUUGAGGCUAUUUGUUCCUAAUUAAUUUAAUUUACACAAGUCAUAAAUUGUAAUUAUAGACAUACCCACAAGAAAGAUCUUUAAUUUAUUUAUAUGUUUGUGAUUUGUCUAUGAUGGCCAGUAGACCUUUUAUUAUUUAUUAUAGUACAAAACUUAAUUAUUCUUUAUUGUAAGUAGUCAGGCGUAUAUUUUUUUUAAGUACCAAUUCUUAUCAAGAAUGUUUUUAUUGCUGCUGAACCACUGUGAAUGUUAACACCAAUUUUGAUAACUUUCUACUCAUUCUUUUUUGUAGAAUUUAUACACUAGAAACGGUGUUUCUUCAACUAUAAAGAUACUCUUACAUAUGUACUAACUAUAAAUGUAUAACUUAAAGUAACUAGUACAAAUUAAUUUUCUUUUAGAAUGUUCAGAUAUGUAUAUUCUGACAAUAAUUAUUAAUUAAGGUUUAUUAGUUUUUGUCUAAUAAUAUUAAUACUUAAUUGUAUUUACUCUAACUCAACUCAAAAAAAAAAACUGUUUGCUUGUUUCAUUUAAUUAAAAUGUAGUUUUGUUUUCGGCAAAAUAAAUACUUCUGGUUUUAAA